AUGAAGUUCUCAUUCGUCCUCGCCGCUGCUGCCCUCACCGGUUCCGUCCUGGUCGCUUCUUCCCCUGUCCCUGUUACUGCUGAUCUCGGCAUUCACGCCGACACGCAGCACUCGGAGCAAGGUCAGUAUGGCCAGUCGCAGUACGACCAGGGCAACGGUAAGCAGCAGCCCAAGCAGCAGCCCAACGACGGUAAGCAGCAGCCUAGCAACGGUAAGCAGCAGCCCAACGACGGGAAGCAGCAGCCCAAGCAGCAGCCCAACGACGGUAAGCAGCAGCCUAGCAACGGUAAGCAGCAGCCCAACGACGGGAAGCAGCAGCCCAACGACGGGAAGCAGCAGCCCAACAACGGGAAGCAGCAGCCCAACAACGGGAAGCAGCAGCCCAACAACGGGAAGCAGCAGCCCAACGACGGGAAGCAGCAGCCCAACGACGGUAAGCAGCAGCCCAACGACGGUAAGCAAUCCAGCGGUGGAAAGCCCCAAUACGGGGACAAGAAAGGGCACUAG